AUGGACAACUUCACAUUGCCCCUCAAUUUCACGCCGACAACGCCCUUAUUCCACAUCAACGACCGUGUCCCGUAUAUUAGCCUCAUCCACGUUAGCACCACGAUUCCUUUGCUUGCGCUCACCCUGGUUCCCUUUUUUGCUCGCAUCUACGUAAGGAUAUGGCCGGAAUGGCGCUUUGGUCUGGACGACGGUUUCAUCGUCGCCGGCUUGGCCUCUGCCAUCACCGACUGGGCCCUGCUUGCACGCGGCCUGUACUUUGAACCAACCGACAUCUCCUGGGACGAAACCUUCUACACCGUCACGCUCUCCUACUUCGCCAUCCCCGUCUGGUCACUUUCCAUGACCCUCAUCAAAACCUCCAUCGUCCUCUCCUUCCUCCGCCUACCCCUGAAACGCGGUUGGCGAAUCGGCCUGUACACCCUCAUCGCGAUCCUAGUCUCCUUCGGCCUCGCCAAUACGCUUUACAGCUUCCUCAAAUGCGACCCUAAGCCUGGUGCCUGGGACCUCCACAUCCCGGCCCGCUGCCCCGGCGGCCGCAUCGACAGCAUCGUCUCCAACCUCUGCUCGGGCGCCAAUAUCCUCACCGACCUCGUGCUGUCCGUGGUGCCCAUGUUCCUGCUGUGGAAUCUGCGCCGCCCGCUGCGCGAGCGCAUCCUCAUCUGCAGCCUCACAGGCAUCGGCCUGUUCGUCACCGUCGCGUCGGUCAUGAAGGUCGUGCUCAUCGAAGAGUGGUCCCGGUCUGGGCUGGGGGAUUGGGCGCUGUCCCUGUCGAUUGCCACGUGGACGGUCACGGAACAGUUUGCGUCGAUCCUCGCGGCGUGCAGUCCGUCGCUGAAGAAGCCGAUUGAGGGAUUGUUCCGCCGGUGGGGGAUCCAAUUGGUGGAGGAGAAUCCGGAAAUCUCGUUUAUGUAUGUGCCGGAUGAAAUGCGGGCCGAGGAGACCCGGCGGAUGGCCAGGGAGCGGAUUGGUAGCCAGGGGUUGCAGAUAGAGGGCGGUUCGAACGAACACCACUUGAAUGACGUUGAGAGUGUGGGCGAUAAGUCAUUUUCGGAAUCGGCAUCGACGCCAGUUCGGGCGCAACGGCCAGCGUGA